AGUGAGAAGAGACCCGUGGCGGUGUACCGCCAUGACUGUAGUCCACUAUUAUUUGGUUACUAGGCACGCGAUGAAGCGUUGAGAGGAGCGCUCUACAAUUGACAACGGCAACAUACGAGCGGUGCUGAACGCUAAAUCCUUGCGUCCUAGCGACCACGUAACAUAUGUAUGGACGAAAACUAUACAACGAAAUUAUUUUGUAUCUUGACGAAAAUGUUACAACUAACAUUUGAUGAGGCUAAAGUACUAACAAGUACAAAUAUACAAACUGUAGAGAAUCUAAAGGAAAAAAUAAUUUUUUUCUCUGAUACAAAUAAGACCGAUGUCAUUCUCGUACUUGGUGCACCCUCAUUAAGAAAUACUAUAAUUGGAGAAAUUGAUAAAAUCAGUGAUGCAAAAACUAAAAUAACAAAAUUAUUUGCAGAAAUUCCAAUACUUCUAAGGCUCAAUAUUUCUGAAUCUCUAUACUGUGCAUAUCGCAAAAACGCAUUCAUUUUUUUCGUAAUGGGCAACAAUUUAGACAUAAUAGAAAGUGUAGUCACAAAUAAAAAUGUAAUAGUACUUGGCGCAUAUUUGCUACGAAAUAUUAUUACAAUUUCUGACGGGUAUAUUCCACACGAAAGAAAUCAAAUCGCAUCAUUAUUCAUGAAGAUGAAGGUAGGAAAAGACCAAAUGAUGUCGUCCAAUAGUAGCGGACAAUCCUCUUUCUCAAAAAAGGAAGAAAAAAAGAUAUAUCCAUAUCACCUAAUUCAACUAGUCCUAAAACUACUAACUUCUCAAAAAAGGAAAAAGAAAAAGAUAUGUCCAUAUUAUGUAAUUCAAGUAGUCCUAAAAACUUACAAAUAGACAAAGCUAACAUACAUGCACCUACAAACCAAAUGAUACGUCUUCCCAGACUAGUUUCUGUAGACGACGCAUUUAAAAUAAUGUGCGAUGUACUAAUUGUACCUAAUGAUAACGAAAGAGAGAUCGAACGUGUGGACAUAAAAAACUCCUUUGGCAAACAAAUAUGUGAAAAAGUUACUUGUCCCACUAAUGUGCCGUUAUUUUCAGUUGCGACUGAACACGGAUAUGCAGUAGUAGUAGAUACGGAUAUAGAAAAAAUGGAAGGGAUAUCAGAUGAGUCAAGCAAAAUCAAUUCGAUUAUACUUGAUCCUGUCACUACUAAAUGGGUAAACAGUGGAGAAUUUAUUCCUUCGGAAGCAAUUGCAAUUAUACCAGCGGACGAUGUAGCAAUUUCUUAUGAUGACAAGGGAAACGAAAUUAAAACAACGUCACAUCCGAUAAAAUAUGGACAAAAUAUUAGAUUUUUAGGUAGCGAUAUAGAAGAAGAAGAAACAAUUCUAUAUCCUAAUAUACGUAUGGGUUCAAUGGAAAUAGGACUUCUGACAGCGUGUGGUUUGAGACAAGUAAAUGUUAUUAAAGAAAUACCUAUUGGUGUAUUGACUAUUGGAAAUAAGCUGCAGGAACCUGGAGAACCUUUAGAACCAGAACAUUCAUAUGACAGCAAUCGGGCAAUUUUAAUCUCACUAUUAAAAGAAAAUGGUUUUAAUUCUUUAGAUUUUGGAAUUUCCAUUAAAGAUUCGACAACUAUAAUACAGAAAAUCAAAGAAGCUCUAAAAACUGUAAAUUUACUUGUGACAACUAGCUGUUCUAAUGAUAAAGACUGUUUGAAGACUAUUUUAAAGAACGACUUUAAUGCCACAUUGCACUUUGAAAAUGUUGAUAUAAAACCAGGAAAGUCAACGGCAUUUGCAUCGUGCGAAUUUGAAGGCAAAACCAAAUAUAUCUUAUGUUUGCCAGGAAAUCCAGUAUCCGUUCUCGUCAUCGCGCAUUUAUUCCUUUUACGUAUUGUCAAAUUGAUCCAUUUCAAAUCCGUUGAGGAUUUUACCAUAGUGAUGGCUAAAAUAAAACAGAAAUUGCCUUUACAUUCACGUCCACAAUAUGUGUGGGCGACUUUAUCAUGGCCCGUAAAAGAACGUUUCGCUCAAGUUACCUGCAAAGUUGAUAGUUCGAUGAAUAAAAAAUUGUUUAAUAUUAUAGAUGCUAAUGCACUCUUAAUACUACCGGCAAAAACAUCAAAGGGUGAUACGGCUUCAUCAUUUGUACAAGCAAUACUAAUCAAAUUUCCUUUUUCAGUAAAUCAGGAUUUUAAAUAGUUAGUAUCACUAAUAAGAAAAUAUUAGCAUAAAUUUUGACAUUAGUCAAACAUUUUUUAUUACUUUAGUAGACUAAU